AUGGCAACACAAGGGGUGGCUCAGCCAUCGGCGAAGAAACGGAGCUUCCUCCUCCGUGAUCUCUUCAGACUUUGCCGAUCAAUCUCAAGGGUUUUGCCUCGUGACAAGCCUAAUCAUAACCAUAAGGCUAAACACGAACAAAAACAGAUUGAUGAACGUCCUAAAUUCCACGUCCCCAAUGACCCUCCUGCCUUCAGUUUCGAGGAAGCUAAGGCGGUGCAAGGUGGUGGUAAUGUUGUUGGUCUUUGCAAGGUUCGUAGCUACAGAUUCGACAACAACAGUUACGUGGGGAGCAAGAAGGCAUCAUCUCUUUCAAGAAGUUGUAGCCAGAACACGGCCGCACCCACCACCACCACGUUGCGGAGUUUAUCCUUUGUAGGGAGGAGCAAAAGCAGCUGCAAUAGGACGGAUUCCUCCGCUGCUAGAGCAGAUAAAGCUAUGCCCUCACUCAUGAGAUCGACAAGCACAAUCCCUAGGAGCUUCGCAAGCCCUAUCUUGUACUCGAGCUCAUCCGCCAAAGUCGCUAAACCUCAUCCAACGGAAGAGAAACUUAGCUGCACGCUCGAGGAGCUAUACAACGGAUGCACCAAGAAGAUCAAGAUCAAGAGAGAUGUGACCACCAGCUCAGGGCAAAUGAGCGAGGAAGAAGAGACGGUGGAAAUAAAAGUGAAACCGGGAUGGAAAGGAGGAACCAAAGUAACAUUUGAAGGGAAAGGAAACGAAGCAAUGGGGAGUGUACCAGCCGAUUUGACAUUCGUGAUAGUGGAGAAAGAGCAUGAGGUGUUUACAAGAGAAGGCGAUGACCUAGUAAUGGCGGUGGAAGUCUCUCUCCUUGAAGCCUUGACGGGAUGCGAGCUCUCUGUUGCUUUACCUGAUGGUGACACCAUUUGUUUGAAGAUAGAAGAUGUUAUUCACCCUGGCUAUGUUACAGUGAUUCAAGGGAAAGGGAUGCCAAAUCCAAAGGAGAGAGGGAGGAGAAGAGGAGAUUUGAGAGUUCGGUUUCGGACUAAGUUUCCACAGCGACUUACGGAUGAUCAAAGGGAAGAGAUUCAGAGCAUCCUUCAGUAUUCUUCUUGA